CUCUGAGCGUAAGUGUGUGCGAGACAUCCGAUCUCGCUUCGGCAACUUUUUUUGUUGGCUUGGUUAAGAGUUGUCUGUUUGAACAGAGUGUUGACUAGAAGUUAAUAGCAACGGAACGAAUCUAUUGCCAUUUAUCCGAAUAAAUCAAUCAAUCUACCAUCGAUCAGCGGUGAUGAUUGUUGGAGAGCAGCUCGAGACGUUUACAGUGACCGAAGGGCACGAACGUUUGUUUUAAUUACACUCCUUCAGAUUUCUUUCUUUCGCUCGUUAAAGCUCAAGCGCUUGCCUCGCCUUAAGCCAUAUUUCGAGUUGGUUGAAUGGCACUAAAACAUUUCCGAAGAGACUGCACCGUUGCACACCAGUAGAAUUCCAGUCUAGACGCUGCACACGAGAAGUUGCUUUCUUGCGCAGAAGAAGUCGUUGCACUGCACACGCAAUCGCAUUUGAAUUUAUCGCGGCUAUCGGGCAACAUCUUAUUGCUCUUCAGUAUAUAUGGUGGUGUAUUUUGGUAUUUUGGUGUAUUUUAGAUGGUGUAUUGUAUGUGCUGAAACCAAUAAGUCCAGUAAAAGUGCCACAGUAACGCACAUCGCCCCAUAGUGCUGCGACGAUGAAAGGUUGUAGCUGGGUCACACUGUUCCUACUGCGGGUGCUGCUGUUGACGGCACUGGCUCCAACGCUCGUACAGUGCCGGCAGGAGUACUAUUACACCUACCAGGACACGUACGACGACGAUCUGUCGCUCUGGAUCAACGAGCAGCAGGUGAAGAUCUUUAGUGGUGUCGCAAUGAAGAUCUACGCGAUCGACAACGGGCGCGUCUCACCGCACAUACGCGACCCAAACUUCAGCCAGUAUCUACCGGUGAUCCCGUCAGAAGUCAGCUGCGUCAACUUUACCUGGAAGGCAGGCUCAAAGAAGUACUACUACAACUUCGACCGGCUGAUGUCGGUCGAUGAGAAUAUCCUCAAACCACCCACGAUCUCGAUCAAAACGUCCGGCCGGGUACCGAAGAAUGGGAAGGAGUUCAGUGUGAUCCUGCCAUGCUCCGGUAAUGUGUCGGGCAUUGCAAUGUUCAGCAUUGGACUUCUGAUACAGACCCGGAAGGGCAAACCGCUCCCCGGCACGCCACUCCGUAUUAAACUGCGUAAGGAAUGUGCACAUAGAGGUGUGUAUGAAAGAACUUCUACUCUAACAUCUCCGCAAGGCCCCGAUCCGGAGUGCGACCAGAAGUGCGCCAACCGGGGCGUCUGCAACGAGGACAAGAUCUGUCAGUGCCCGGAAGGCUACAUGGGGCAGUACUGCCAGACCGCGCUCUGCUACCCGCAGUGUAUGAACGGUGGAAACUGCACCGCGCCCGGGACGUGCUCCUGUCCGCCCGGUUACCAGGGACGACACUGCGAAGGAGGAAUCUGUUCGGAGAAGUGUCUAAAUGGCGGCAAGUGCGUCCAGAAGGAUAAGUGCGAAUGCACGAAAGGUUACUACGGUUUGCGCUGUGAGUUCUCGAAAUGCGUCGUCCCAUGUCUGCACGAUGGCAAGUGCCGUGGGGUAAACAAGUGUCGCUGCAAGCCGGGCCUGAGCGGGGACCACUGCCAGAUCGGACGCUGGCAGCGAUCCGCCUGCAAAAGACCAUGUAAGCACGGCAUCUGCCAGCGAAACCACACCUGCGAGUGCGAGAAAGGCUGGUACGGACGCCUCUGCAGCCAGCGAGAGAACAAGCGUCGCGACAGCAGGGAUGGUGGUAGCAGCAGCACCAAGGCCGCCAAGCAGCCAAAGGCCUAGGACCAACGCGGACACCGCCGAUCAUUUUUGGGAGUUCUUUAGCAACGUAGUAAUGAAACAGUGAUAGUAAAAUUAAAAAGCAAGUCACACGGCUUCUACAGUAUUGCUGCUACGGCUGCUACUGAAGAAAACCGAAGAAGUUCCUGGCAGUUUCAAAUCACGCCUCUUACCAACACCCUCUACACACGCACACAUACACGAAAGUUGGUUUACCUUUCAGCAUAGGUACACUUCCCCUGCGGAGAUGCGCAGCAUCUGCAGCACAGGAGAUCAUUAUUGUACACUCUUGGUAGCGCAACACAAUGACAGCUGGUCCUUCACCGUUGAACGGCUGCGUUUUUUCGAGACCCCGGUUACCGAAAGCAGCUGCCAAGUGACACAGUAACACAACCGGCUAGAGUAGUGUUGUUGGCCGAUGUAGGAUACUCUCGCUACAUUGUAACGUUUUUCAAUGCAUUCAUAGUACUUCAACGUGCUUUCAUACAUGUCGUGAAACUCUUUUGUACUGCAAUUUAGAUAUACUUUAGUUUUCAUAGCAUUGGGCAAUAGCUCUAGACUUCUAGUGCAACUAUACUCGCGCGCUUCAAAUGGGACCGUAUGUGUACCAAGUAUUAUGUAGUAUGGGGAUGGCCGACCAACUAACGAUAGCGAACACGUCGCUAGGAAUCGGUUAAUUGUUUGACGCUUUUCGGUCUCCUAAACGUAUUAAACUAAAUCACAACCCGCAGUGAUUUGUCUUGCCGGCGGGCGAAGGAAUGUCGCUAGCCGACUUAUGGACUUAGUAAUCUGUCGAGUAUUUGUGUUUUUGAAAUAAAACGUAUAUUUUGU